GGAGAUAUCAGCAGUUCACCAGAUAAACCAGAGAGACAAAUGCCAUCAGUGUCGAUCGAAGUUAUCCAAAGCUCACCAGAUAAACCAGAGCGACAAAUCCCAUCAUUGUCAGUCGGAGAUAUUAGCAGAUCACCAGAAAAACUGGAGCAACAGAUCCCACCGGUGUCAGUUGGAGUUAUUAGCAGUUCACCAGAUAAACCGGAGGGACAGAUCCCACUGGUGUCAGUCGGAGUUAUCAAAAGCUCACCAGAUGAACCAGAGCGACAGAUCCCAUCAAUGUCAGGUGGACUCACCAGCAGUUCACUAGAUGAACCGAAGCAACAAAUUCCACCAGUGUCAGUUGGAGUUAUCAGCAGUUCACCAGAUAAACCGGAGCGACAAAUUCCAUUGGUGUCGGUCAGAGUUAUCAGCAGUUCACCAGAAGAAACGGAGCGACAAAUCCCAUCUGUGUCAUUUGAAGUUAUCAAAAGCUCACCAGAUGAACUGGAGCAACAGAUCCCAUCUGUGUCAGUUGCAGUUAUCAGCAGUUCACCAGAUAAACCGGAGCAUCAGACCCCUCCGUUGUCAGUCGGAGUUAUCAGCAUUUCACCAGAAAAACCGGAGCGACAAAUUCCUUUUGUGUCAGUCGAAGUUAUCCCAAGCUCACCCGAUAAACCAGAGCGACAAAUCUCAUCAGUGUCAAUCGGAGAUGUCAGCAGUUCACCAGAAAAACCGGAGCAACAAAUCCCAUCAGUGUCAGGAGGAGUUAUCAGCAGUUCACCAGAAAAAACAGAGCAACAAAUCUCAUCUGUGUCAGUCAAAGUUAUCAAUAGCUCAACAGAUGAACCAGAGCGACAGAUCCCAUCAUUGCCAGUUGGACUUAUCAGCAGUUCACUAGAUGAACCAGAGCAACAAAUCCCAUCAGAGUCAGUCGGAGAUAUCAGCAGUUCACCAGAAAAACCGGAGCAACAAAUCCCAUCAGUUUCGGAAGGAGUUAUCAGCAGUUCACAAGAAGAACCUGAGCAACAGAUGCCACUGGUGUCAGAACAUGAUGAACGUGAAUCAAUUCUUCAGAGUGAAAGCAUGACAGAAGAACCAGAUUUGACCUUUGCAGAUAUUCACCCAGAUAAGUUGACGGUGGAUGAAGUAAAUGUUAAAGAACCUGAACACCAAGAACCAGCUGAAAUGAGUUUAUCUAAAAUGAGUUUAUCUGAAAAGAGCGGCGAGGAAACAAAUCAAGCUGAUCCUCAGUUCGAACCCAACAGGCUCACACCUGUGGCAGGUGAAGAUGCUGAUGUUCACAACCAGCCCACACCUUUACCAGACAAGAUGCAUGAAGCAUCAAAAAUCUCAGAUGAAAGUUCUGUCCAAGUGAAAGAAAUCCAUCUGAGCUCUUUUGAGAACCAAACUAUCAGCACAGAGAAGCUGCCGGAGACGGAGGUCCAAUCUGAGACCCAUAAAGAGACAGAAGACAUGACUGCAGCUCAAGUUCAGCCUGACUCGUCUGCAUUCAGGAUGACGAAGGAGCAGGUCCAAGAAAGUUUUACUGGGUUCAUCACUGAACCAUGUUCAGUUCUUAAAGUCCUAAUUAAAGAACACAUGACAGAUGUGGGAGAGAAAACUGAAGGAGAAGAGCACAAGUUGAUGAUGAAGGAAUGUGAAGAUAUUCUGCUUCAAACGAGCCGGACUGCGUCUGAAGAAAUUAUUCUUCGGGAUGUGAAUUUACCAAAAGAGGUGGUGUUGGGUUCUGAAGAGAUCCUGACAGAGUCACUGCAGGAGAAAUCAACUGACAUCAGCCCGGGUCGACAAACUCAUUUGGAAGGAUUAACAGUUCAAGAACGAAAAAUUCAGGAGGGUAAGGAACCGGUCCUGGAGGAACCAGACCUGGAGGAACCAGGAGGAACUGCCAUGGAGAACAUUUUCACAGAAAUACAGUUCCUCUCUCGAACAGGGGCCAUCAGUCAGAUUAUUCAGGGUACACAACAGGAAGACGCUCUAGAGACUCUCCUCACCUCCAGCAGGGAUUUGGAUCUUCUGCUCAGCAGAGUUGUUUCAAAGGUUCUGAGCAUCAAGAACCGUCCUGCUGAGCUCAGCCCGGCAGCUAUGGCCCAGCAAGUGGAGGAGGCUCAGGAGUGCAGAGACGUUGCACAGCUUCAGUUGUCGGUGGUCUCUCAGAUGAGGGAGGCUGAUGCUACAAACGAGCACAAUCUGGAUCUCUUGGAGGACGAGUGGAGCGCCGUGGUUCAGGAUGCUGCUGCUGUGAUCCAGACUAAAGAAGCCCAGCUGCAGCUGGUGUCUGAUUACUGCACACAGAUCCACUCAGCAAGGACCAAAGUUGAUCAGCUGACAGCAGAGCUGGAUGCUGUGAAAAUGUCUCCAGAGCAGAGCUGUCAGACACAUGCCGGGCAGCUGACCUCCUUUCAGAGAUGUUUGGAGGGGAACAGAACAAUACUUGGAGAGGUGCUCCUGAUCCACACCAGGGUGUGUCUCAUACUCUGUCACUCUGAUAGGGAAACUGUCCGGACUGAGCAGAAGAACCUCCAAGAGGAGUGGAGCUCUCUGGAAAGGACUGUUGAGAGCUCCCUUCAUCUUACCACCAUCUUCUCUGACCACAUCAUCAUCCUCCUGUCAGAUUUGACCAGUCUGCAGAAGCACCUGGAAACCAUCAGGAAAGACCUUCAAGCCAAAGACUCCUCAGCUGCUCCGUGGAGUUACAGGGAGGCGCAGCAUCUGAUGGAGAUAAACGCUGAGGUCAAAGCUCUCCAACAGGAGUACCAGUACUUAAAGCAGCUGUCAGAGGAGCUGCUCCUCAGCUGCAAAUGGAAGGAUGAUUCAGAGAAGAUGCACCACAGACUCCAGGAGGUCAGAGAGAAACUGAGUCACAUAGAGGAGCUCCUGUCCUCCCAGACUAAAACCAGCAGCAACCCUGUCAUGGAGAAGAUCAUCACUGUGAUGAAGGACGCCCUGGUAACUGCCAAACAGAUGGAGAAAGACAUAGAGGGCAAGAGGAGGAGGGUGCCUCUUCUUCCUGAAGAGGUUCACCAGCAGCUCAGGGAUCUGAAAAAGCAACAGUCAGACAUCUUGGCCAAACAGGGGCAGCUGAACUCUUUGGUGGAGGAGGUGACGGAGCUCCUUCCACAGCUGGACCAGGCUCAGGAGGUACCAGUCAUCCACACGUCCCUGGAAUGCCUUGAAGAACUAUCCAAGUCCACCACUGAGAAGCUGGCCAAGGCCAUGAAAGAAGUGGAGUCUGGUCUCCAGACCCGGGAGAAGCUGUCUGAGCAGAUUGCAGAUUUGGAUUCCUGGAUUCUGGCUCAUCUCCAGUCGGAGGUCUCGAGGCACGCAGACGGUGAGCUCCUGAGUCAGGCUGAACUGGAUCGCAGAGUUCGCCGCAUUCAGGAAACGCUGUCUGAAGCUGAGAGGCAGGCGGCGCUCUGUGAAGCUCUGUUAAUGAAGACUAAAGAUCUCAGGUCUGAACUCAGCAUCUCAGAAACAUCUCAGCUCUUUGAUAAAAUCAGGAACCUCCAAGAGGACAUCAGAGCUAUAAGCAGCAGGGAGAAGACCAAAAAGGAAGAACUGGAUGAAGUCAUGAAGACUACAGAUUCAAGGAGGAGAACCCUGCUGGUGGUUGAACAAAGCCUUAGGCAGAUCUUAGUAGAGCUGAGCAGACACAGGUUCCCCAUCACCAGAGAGUCCCUUCAAGCUUUAAGACCUUUGAAACACACAAUUUUGGAACACAAGUUUCAGGUUGACCUCCUGAAGCCGUGGAUCCCACAGGAAAAAAACAACGAGAUUAAGUCUGUUAUUUCUGACUUUCAGAAUAAAAUUCAUACUCUAGAGAUAAAAGCCAGAGAUCAUGAGAGCUUCCUGAAUAUGAGGCAAUCUGUGGAGGAUCUCAGGGAGAACGUUCAGGAGCAAGUCCACCAAACGAAAAAUGAAACCAGGGACCUGGAAGACAGGUACAAGUUGUGCCAGACCCUCCUGGUCCAGUUUCCUUUGAUGAAAAGCCUUUGUAGACGGGCCGGAUCCAAACUCCAGAGGAUUUCUGCAGACCUGUUUCCCUCCCAGCUGACUGCCGAGCAGCAGAGGCUGAAACAAACUGAGGAUGGCCUCCACACUCUGGAGAUAACGCUCCUCAACAACCUCAGUCUCGUCGAGUGGAACACGCUCAAAGACCUGGACCUUGAAUCAGACAGGAAAGCUACUCGGUUCUUCCUAUCCAGGACCCAGAAGGAGCUUCAGAAGCUCCGUUUGAUGGAUCCAAACCAGACUGCGAUUGACGGAGAGUACCAGAAACUCUUGUCUUUAAAAAUGACCGUGGAGUCAAAACUCAGAGCGCUGGAGCUUCUGGCGCAAAAGAAGGGAAGCAAACAAACAUCUGAACAUCUGCUGGCCUUAAAGACUGCAGUCCUCACUGAAUGUGACUCCCAGAUGGAGAAAGUCCUCCAUGCUGGAGAAUGUCUCAGAAGCUACACCCGUGCCGUCAAUGACACGGUACAGUUUCUGCAGGACAUGGAGGAGUCUCUGCUGACCCGUCAGGAUUCUGCUGGACUCUGCUGUGAGGGUCUGGAAGAGACCCGGCAGACUUUGGCCUCACUGCAGGAUCACUUCCAAACCUACAUGGACCAGGUCCAGAACCAGGCUGCUCUGCAAGCCCUCCUGCUCCCUCAGAGCUUUGAGAAGCUCCAUGAAAGUGUUCUGAGCCAGCUGCUAGUUCGGGCGUCCACGCUACAGGCAGGAGGUCACGUACGACUGGAGCGCCUCAGCAGGUGUGCAGAGCAGCUCAGAAACUACACAAAGUGUCGAGAUGAAGUCCUCCUGAGGAUCACGAGGGCUGAAAGCAGGCUCUUAGAGGUUACAUCAGACAAAGUCACCUGUCUGACUGACUGUACUGACCAGGAGGCCAAGCUCAGAGUUCUGUCUGAGGAGAUGGAGGCCCUGCAGAAACAUCUGGAGGAGCUGAGGGAGUGGUGCCCAGACCAGAGCUGUCGUGGAGGCCGGGAGGCUGCAGGGGCCUCCAUCUGCAGACGGGUGUCAGGUUUCCGGAGCUGCGUCCAGAAGCUGACGGCUCGGAGCAGACAGAGGAUCUCAGAGUGGCUCAGCAUCACGGACAGCGUGGAGAAAGCCCGUGUGGUGUUGGAGCAGGUGGAGGCAGAGCUCCCUGACUCCUCCAAGGUGAAGUCCUCCUCCGAGGAGCUCCAGGACCUGCUGCAGGCCUGGGAACAGUACCAGGACAGACUGGACUGCGAACACCGAGCAUUGUCCGCGUUGGAGCUGCGCGCAGCCCGGCUGCUGGGAGUCCCCGCCCACCUGGAACAGGCUCCUCCCACUCCCCUCUGUCAGCAGCUGCAGCAGAUGCAGAGCCGAUACAGCAGUGUGAAGCAGAAGAGCAGGGCAGGCUUUCAGGCCUCCAGGAGGGAGCUGCAGGACAGGGAGAAGGUCCACGAGGAGCUGCAGGUGGUUCGGGUCUGGCUCGGCGCCGCAGACGGCCUGCUGUCGCAGAUGGAGACGUGCAGCAGCUCUCAGCAGCUGCAGGAGCUGUACAGCCAGCUGUUUACCCAUAAGGCUUUGCUGCAGCGCAUCACAGACAGCCUCAGAAUGAAACACUCCGACCCAAACGCUCCGGUACCGGCGGACAUUGACAGCCAGCUGCAGGAAGCCACAAAGUCCCUGCAGGAAGUGGAAACAAAGGUCGGGGAGGCGGUGGAGCGGAGCGGUCCGGUCCAUCGGCUGGGUGCAAAGCUGUCUGACAUCCAGGCUGGGCUGAGGUCAGUCCAGAACCGACUGGAGGACAGGAGUCCAACUGUAGCUCAAGCAAAGUUCACUCAGAAGAGAGUGUGGGACGGUUUGGACCUGUGGCACUCCCGACUGGCGGCGCUAGAGGUGGAACUGCAGGACCUGGAGAGACCAGAUGAGACCCUGGUCCUGACUGAGAGACUGGUGGAGGUCCAGCAGCUCCACUCCCUGGUGUCCAAGCAGGCCGAGCAGAGGACGACCCUGCUGAGCAAGGUCCACACUUGGCUCCAGGAGCACCAGGAGAUGAUCAACAGCUCUCGGAGCUGGAUGGUCGAGGCUCAGUCGUGGCUCGUCGCUCCGUGCACGUACACCUCAGCUAAGUGUCUGCACAGCCACGUGCACGCUCUCCAGGUGGUGCUGGACGACUCGUCUCAGAUCCGGAAGACGCUCCAGGGCUUCGGCCCGGUUCUGAGGGACAUGUCCCAGGUGUGUGAUGUCACAGCUCUGCAGGAGCAGCUGAGAGAGGCUGACGUCCAGGUGGCCCAGGUCCAGGACAGUUUCUCAGCUCCUCUGUCCCAGCUGGAACACGCCGCUGCCGAGGUGGAGGCCAUCGAAGGGGAGGUCAGACAGAUGGAGAGUGAUGUGGCUGAAAUAAAGACCAUCUUGUCUUCUCCAGAGGCGUUCCCCAGCCCCAGAGAGGAGAACCUGAAGACGAUUGAGCAGAAGAUUCAGUCCAUGAGGAGAACUGUAGCUGAGAUCCAGAAAUGUAAACCGGGUCUUUGUCUUCCAGAGAAGGCAGAAGAGACUCUUCUGGUCUUUAACGUGGUGGACCAGCUCCAGGUUCUGCUGCAGGACCUGGAGAAGAAAAUUCCCGCCCUGUUUAUCCAGCAGCCUCAGACUCCAGCUCGAGACAAAGCGUCCACCAAAGUCCCAGAAUCCCUCUCGUCUGAAGAGGCGGAGGAGGACCAGGGUCAGAUUACUACAGUCCAUUUAAAGGAGGACAUCCUGAGGAGAUCUGGAGGAACUCUGCAGAUGGUGAAGCAGUCCUCCCCAGAACAGAGGCAGUCCAGGUCACCAGAACCAGACCGACAGCAGGAGCCUGAGGGCGAGCUCCGGGCUGAAGGAACCACAGAGACAGAAAGCAGUGAGGAGCUGAGAGGGGAGGACUUUGGAUCAAGUGUUUUUUGGUGGCUCUGGGAUGCUUUUCUGCACGGAGCGUCACCAGAGGAACCGGUUAUCCCUGAAGAGACUGAAGCUGCUGCUGGUCCAAGCUCCCACCAGACAGAAGACACAAAGGACGUCAAGAGCUCCACCGACACCACAGAAGAAAGUUCCCCUGAAUCUUUUGCAGAACCUUUGGGCACGGUCAGAACCCAGACCCAGUCUGAGACCACAAUAAACACGGCUGCCGCCGCAAACGUCUCCAAGGCCGACUCCAAGUCCCAGCAGAGAUGUUUGAUUUCAUAGAAACGUAUUUUCUUCCUUCUCUUGGUUCUUUUAGAACCUUC